GGCUCAAACCCGGACCGCUCGAUCCGGAGACGAGCGCACUAACCAUGAGGUCACCGCACCUCCUGGCAUCUUGUCAUGCUUAUCACAAGUUUCUAAUAAAAAGAAGGGGGACCUCGAGCUCGUUUUUAAGCAAUGAGCACUUAAAGCUAAAACUAAGGGUGUUUUUAACAGGUUGUACUGCAGCUAUGAUUACCUAUUAUGCUUAUAAAGUUUGCUGUUGGUGAUUCACCAAUGACUGAGCAUUUAUGUGAUACCUAUAUUAUAGCAUCACUUGAUAAACAAAGGUAGUAUUCAGGUGUGAAAGUAUAACUGUUGGUAAAGUGUUGGAAACUGUUGCCAGCCUCCUUUUAAGGAGGUUAGGGUUAGGAUUAGACUUAAAAGUGUUAUCCUGGCCAGGGUUAUAGGGCUGUGGUCUUAGAAAAGUCACUAUAAUCUCUUCACACAGAACUACUGAUAGGAAAACAGAGAGCUUUUGACCCAAAAAUAUAACAAGACAAGCAUACCUUGCCUUUGCUGUUAGAGUAACUAAAAUAGCAAUGAUUUUUUUCCUUCAGAGAAAGCAUCGCAUGAUCCGAUCAUUUUUCCAAAGGACCAGUGAUAUGAUGUUGUCUUCCAUUGAUUCCUUCCAAGAUGAGACGCAAACCACCAGUUAUGGUGCCUUGGAAAAAUACAAGAGACAGUUUUCAGAACAAGUACAGGGCCUUCGAAAGCAGAUGGAAAAAACAAGUUUGAUUGUAGAUGGAAUGGAGAAACAAUUCAAGAUUCUCCAGAGCCAACGACAGGUAGAAGAAAAGAGAUUGAAAGGACUUCAACAUCUCCAGGGUUUAAUGGAAACUGAAGUGACAAAGUUAGAGCAAAGAAGAAGUGAACAAGAGGUACUUUUUUAAGACUGCAGCGUUACAGAGGGUUUUUUCUUAUUUACCAUGACUUUCUUUUGUCAUUUAUUAUUGUUUAUUUUGAGGGCCUUGAGGUUAUCGGUUUAACUACUGCCAAAUGUAACCCUCGAUAAAUUAUAUUGUCUUACUUGCAUAAUGACCAACCAACCCACUCACUGACUGACUGAUUCCCUUCUGACUCAGACGGACUGACUUACUGACUAAUUCAGUCUAUAUAAAUUAUAUCAACCCAUCCAUUUGAUUUUCAAGGAUUUAUCCAUUUUCAAUUGUUCAAGACUUGUAUACCUCACCAUGCACAGCAAACUGUUUACAACUACAGUAAGUUAGUCUCCCUUCCUAACAUUACCUCUAAAACUGUAAUAAUAAGACUGCAAUCUUGUGGUUUACAAAAUGGAAUAGAAACUGUGAACUAGUGGUCAGCUAGUCAUGUGGGUAAUCACUUAUAUAGAAGAUCGAUUAAAAGGGGGAUUUGAACGAUGAAUGAUGUAUUCUUUUCACCCAGUGAUGGACAAAACACUGAUCCCUAGUCCAUGGACUACCCUAGUGGACUAACCAAAUGGACUACCCUAAAAUGGACUACCCCUAAAAAAUACUAUUUCAGAUGAGUGGUAUGUUAAGAAGCUGCGAUUAUAUACUUACACUGUAUGGAGGAUGCUUUUCUUUUCGUUCCACAUCGCCUUCAGCCGCCACUUUGAAUAACUAUACUGAAUUAUUUAGAAAAUAAAGAUGUUGUUGUUGUUGUUGUUAUUGUUGU